AAUGGAGCCCCACGUGCAGGUGCGACAAAGUACCCAUCUACCCCGCCAUCCCAAAAACUCAAUCCCACAAACGCCAGGUCCCUCGACUUCCUCCCCCAGGCUCUCCUCACUCCCUCCACCCACACCGGCGAUAACACACCACCCACCACCACAUCGCUCAUCUCACAUCCGCAACCAUGGCCGCCCUCCCCACCCGCGCGCCCUCCACCCGCUCUCCCCGCCCCGUCUUCUCCCAAACCAGUCGCUCCCCCUCCUACCUCGCCUCGCACGCCCAAUACCGCGCCCCGGUACCAACCAACCACCCGGGCAUCGACAGCAUCGUUGACGCGCCCACGCCCUCCCCCAAGCCGUAUGCGCCAUACACAGGCGUCCCCUCGCACGGCGCGACCGCCCCUCACAUCGUCGACUCCGGCAUCUCGCACGGCCUGACGCAUGCCAACUGCCAGCCCGACCCCGGCGAGGAUGUCGGCCGCAUCAUCGCAACUCUCUUCUACAAGACGACUCCCCGCUCCACCGCCGUCGAGAGCCGCUCCCCCAGCCCUGGCUCUGGGACCGACGAUGCCGGGCCAAAGGGCGCACCUACAACCUCCUCCGAGGCAUCGCCCCUCGAGCCCCCGCCAGCGGAUGAAAUCGAGCCCCUAGACCACCUCUAUGGCUCCUACGUCUCCCCACUCUGCAUCACCGCCUUUCUCGCGCUUCUCUCCUCCCUCCCCCUCCCGCAGGGACACACCCACAUCACCUCCUCGCACCGAUGCCUCGACGUCCCCUCGCCCAGCCACCCCCGCGUGGUAGAGUUAACCUUCUCCCCCGCCCCGGAUCCAUCAUACAUCUCUCUCGCCGAACUGCGCAAGCACGAGCUCAUCUACCGCUUUGAGCGCGCCUGGCACGUCGAUGUCGUGCUGCAGGCAGACACCCCGCUGCGCCGGCACCCGAGACUCGUGGUCUUCGAUAUGGACUCCACGCUCAUCACGCAGGAGGUCAUUGAUUUGAUCGCGGCGUCUAUUGGGGCUGAGGAGGCUGUCUCGGCUAUCACGGCGCGCGCGAUGAAUGGAGAGCUUGACUUUGAGGCGUCAUUGCGCGAGCGCUCGCGGCUGCUUAAGGGGGUGUCGGCGGGGAUUUUCGACGAGCUGAAGCCAGUACUGGAUAUUACACCUGGUGUGGUCCCUUUGCUGCGCGCGCUCAAGAGGUUGGGUGUUAAGACGGCUGUGCUGUCCGGAGGGUUUAUCCCGUUGACGGGGUACCUGGCGGAGAAGUUGGGGAUUGAUCAUGCGCGCGCGAAUACGCUGACGAUUGAGGAUGGAGCACUGACGGGUGAGCUGACGGGGGCGAUUGUGGAUGCUGAGGCUAAGGCGAAGCAUUUGUUGGCGCUGGCCGAGGUAGAGGGGGUUGAUGUGAGCCAGGUCGUGGCGGUGGGUGAUGGCGCGAAUGAUUUGAAGAUGAUGGCGGUUGCUGGGUUGGGUGUGGCAUGGAGGGCGAAGCCGAGGGUGCAGGUUGAGGCGGGGGCGAGGCUUAAUGGGGACAGCUUGUUGGAUUUGUUGUUUUUGUUUGGGUUUACGAGAGAGGAGAUUGGUGUGUUGUGUGGGGAGAAGGCGUGAGCAAGGGGAGGAUAGGAUGUGUGAGAAAGGCUUAUAUAGAGGUACACUCCUCGUAGUUAUUAUAUAUUAAUAUAUAUACAUUCCCAG